GUUGAAACAAGACUCCAAAAAUCACUAGUCAACAAAAACCCCCCAUCACUAAAGGCGUUAUCUUUGUUCUUCUAAACUCUUAUCCCAUCUCUUCUUCUGCAAUCCAACCCCUUCAAGCUUCAUAAAGCCUUGGCCUUUUUCUCUAUCUGGGUCACCGGAGAUGGCUUUCCGGCGACCGUCUUUCACCUGGGCUCUGUUCAUUUUCAUCAUGUUACUCUCUUCUCCAUCUCUCGCCCGCAAAACCCACAAAAUCCGCGGACCCAUCAAAACCGUCGUCGUAUUGGUCAUGGAAAACCGCUCCUUUGACCACAUCCUCGGCUGGCUCAAGUCGACCCGACCCGAAAUCGACGGCCUCACCGGCCAAGAAUCCAACCGCCUCUCCGUCUCCGACCCUUCCUCCCCCAAAGUCCACGUCACCAGCGACGCCUACUUCAUCGACUCCGACCCCGGCCACUCCUUCCAGGCCAUCCGCGAACAGAUAUUCGGAUCCAACCGGAGCUCCGGCGCCCCGGCCCGAAUGAACGGCUUCGCCCAACAAGCCGAGUCCAUGUCUCCGGGAAUGGCCGCCACCGUCAUGAGCGGCUUCAAACCGGAGGUCCUCCCGGUCUACACCGCCUUAGCGAAUAACUUCGCCGUCUUCGACCGGUGGUUCGCUUCCGUUCCGGCGUCGACUCAGCCCAACCGGUUCUACGUCCACUCCGCCACGUCACACGGCGCCACCAGCAACGUCCGGAAAGAUUUAAUCCACGGCUUUCCCCAGCGGACAAUCUUCGACUCUUUGGACGAAAACGCCCUCAGCUUCGGGAUUUAUUACCAAAACAUCCCCGCCUCCCUCUUCUUCAAGAGCCUGAGGAAGCUGAAACACGUGGCGAAGUUCCACAGCUACGCCUUGAAGUUCAAGCUCCACGCGAAACUCGGGAGGCUUCCGAAUUACGCGGUGAUCGAGCAGAGGUACUUUGACGUGAAGGAGAUGCCGGCGAAUGAUGACCAUCCGUCGCAUGACGUGGCGAGAGGGCAGAGGUUUGUGAAGGAGGUGUACGAGACGCUGAGGAAGAGCCCGCAGUGGAAAGAAAUGGCGUUGCUUAUUACGUAUGAUGAGCACGGUGGGUUUUACGACCAUGUGCCUACGCCCACUGAGGGUGUUCCUAGUCCGGAUGGGAUUACCGGGCCUGACCCGUUUUACUUCCGGUUUGACCGGUUGGGGGUUCGGGUGCCUACCAUACUUGUCUCCCCCUGGGUCGAAAAGGGUACAGUGAUCCAUGAGCCAACAGGCCCAACUCCACAUUCCCAGUUUGAGCAUUCUUCUAUUCCCGCAACUGUAAAGAAGCUAUUCAAUUUAAAAUCCAACUUCCUGACAAAGAGGGAUGCAUGGGCCGGUACUUUUGAGAAUUACUUUUACAUCCGUGACACUCCUCGGGAUGAUUGUCCAGAAACUCUUCCAGAGGUGACUAAAUCACUGAGGCCAGGAGGACCAAGAGAAGAUGUCAGCCUCUCGGAAUUUCAAGUUGAACUGAUCCAACUUGCAUCCCAGCUCAAUGGUGAUCAUGUACUCAACACUUAUCCCUAUAUUGGUGAAAGGAUGAAUGUUUGCGAAGCCAACAGUUAUGCAGAGGAUGCUGUCAAGAGGUUCCUGGAAGCUGGAAGAGCUGCUCUUAAAGCCGGAGCCAACGAGUCUGCAAUUGUUACAAUGAGACCAUCCCUCACUAGCCGAGUUAGAAUGCAAGAUCAUGGUUCGUACCUAGAAUUCCAAUGAUUACCCCUUCAAAAUUAGCUACAGUAAAUAGGAGUAAUCACUAUAUCUGUAUAUAUACAAGCUAGUAACUAAAUGUAUGAAAAUGUUUGAGCCUUCCACUAAUUUGUCAACUUAGCUACUUAUAUACUACAGAGUCUUGAAUUCUAUUAAAGAAAAAAAAAAAAAUAACUAGUCUUGAAUACCUUUUAUUGUCUAUAGCCCAUUAUAGGUGGGUGAUUAAAUUCUAUUAAGAAACUUAAUGCC